UUCAUACAAAGAUAAAACCAGCCACGAAAACCUUCUUUUAUCUCAUACAUUUUCCUAUUUGCUUGGAGAGUUUAAGCUUCAGAUACUUCAGCUCAAGAUAGUAAGCAUGGCGCUCAGAAUGUGGGCUUCUUCUACUGCUAAUGCACUCAGACUUUCUUCUUCUUCUUCCAAAACUUCCCUUUUUCCUGCUGCCUUUUCCCUCUCUAGAUGCUUCUCUUCCGUUUUGGAUGGGUUGAAGUACGCGUCUUCACAUGAGUGGGUGAAGCAUGAAGGCUCAGUGGCCACCAUUGGCAUCACUGAUCAUGCUCAGGACCAUCUUGGGGAAGUAGUGUUUGUGGAGCUGCCGGAACCCGGUGGCGCAGUCAACCAAGGCGGCAGCUUUGGGGCCGUGGAAAGUGUGAAAGCAACCAGUGAUAUUAACUCUCCAAUCUCUGGUGAGAUUGUUGAGAUUAACUCAAAGCUUACUGACUCUCCUGGCUUGAUAAAUUCAAGCCCAUAUGAAGAAGGAUGGAUGAUAAAGGUGAAGCCUAGCAGUCCAUCAGAAUUGGAGUCCUUGAUGGGUUCAAAGGAAUACACAAAAUUCUGUGAGGAAGAAGAUGGUCAUUAGUAUAUUAUUAAGAUAUGUUCAACUUCCAAACAUUUUCCUCUUCUUUGUUUUAAAUUACUACCUGUUUGUUUGUGUUGUCA